AUGCGAACUCGCUACCUCAACAUCGACUACUUCACCGUCACUCCAAUCCAAACCCUAGAAACCCUAACCUUCCUUCACCUCGCUCACUCUAACCUCUCCAUCUCCUCUAAUUCCUCAAAGUUUCGCUCCAAAUCGAACAGUUACCGAUCGAAACCGCUCUCUCCAAGUUCUUCUCCGACCUUCUUCCUCACAACAUCGCUCUCGAUGCUGCACACUUCGAGAUCUUCGAUUCGUCUCCGGCUUCUAGAAGUUUCGGUUCCGGAAGCCAUGAGCUGCAGUUUUCGGAGGUUUGAUGAUUGUUCAUAA